UCCCUUUUGUUCUAAUUAAAGAUACAGAUUACAAAGGAGAGGGGGGAGCUCGAAUGGGAAAGGGAGAAAGAGAGAGGGGAGAGAGAGAGAGAGAGAGAGAGGAAGAGAUGGAGAAAAGGGAGGGUGGCUUGCGUGGUGGCCACAAGGGAAUGAUGGAGAAGAAAAUGGGUGGUUGUGGCGGCUGGCGGGGAUGGGUAUCGAGUGGAAGAGAACAAUGGUUGUUUGAUGUUGGGUUGGCACACUCGCCCACUCAAAUUUGACUGGCCCGUGGGGACUUUAUAAGCCAACCUUAAGUUUAAAAGAUACAAUUGAAGUUUUUUGUUGUUUUUAUCAAAUUCGUGGCUUGCGGUUGUGGUCAAAUUCGUGGUUUUCAGAAAACGGGUGGUUGGGGGGUUAUGGGUUCAUGGGGAGUGGGUCUGUGAUGGGGGAUGGGGGUGGGUUUGUGGGUUCUGGGUUUGUUGAGGGGUGGUAGUCAUGGGGGAAUCGGGUUUGGAUGGGAACAGGUGAAUGGUCUGGGGGGAAAAAACUGAAGGAAGAGAGGUGGGGGGAUUAAUCUGGAGUGAAGGAUUGGUGGUCAUGGGAAUGGGGUGGAGAAGAAGACCGCAUGGGGGGAGGAUUCCAUGGUAUUUUUUUUUUUUCUCUUUUUUUUUUCUUUAAUUUUUUCAAAUUUUUUUUUUUAAUGAUUUGACGGAUUAUUGGAUGACAUGUUGUUGAUUUAGACAGUAAAGGGAGAAUUGAUAAUAAAAUUUAAUUUAAGCCCUUAAUUCGCUAAAAAAAAAGAUCAAGAGGUAAAUUGAUAAUUAUGUACAAAUUCAGGGAGCAUUUCGGCAGUUUGCCCAAAAUUUAAUCAUAACUUGACCAAGAUCGAUUCGAAGCACAUUUGGCACAAACAGAGGCUCAACACCAACCAUGUUAUUACAUCAUUGGUAUUUGGUAUGAUCUCCUUCUAUAUAUAUAGUAAACUGGUCAGGUGACACAGCAAAUAAUAUACGUUUGUAGCUAGUGAUUAGUAAGUAACUGGCACGUGUACAUCCAUGAAUGGCACGUGUGUUUCGCUCAGAAUCCUCAAAACACACACUGCAAUCUAACGUGGCAACUCAUAUCCAUGCAAAACGCCACAUUCCUCCACGUGCCUGAGUGCCUCUCCCCCAAAACACCACAGCCCUCCACUUUUAACCACCGUCACCUUCAAACCACUAAUUCUUCAACUCUCUUUUUGAUAUUUUGGUUUCAAACAAAACACCGAACAACACCUAAUAUAUAACGUUCUGCGAGCACAGAUUUUCAUUGUCACCAUGGCCCCAUGGGAAGUCCUUGACCUAGUUUGUCACCAUCUUGACCCCAAAUCUCUAGCCGUAGCCUCAUGUGUGUGCAAGUCAUGGCUCAUUUCCAUGUCCUCUGAUCACCUUUGGAAGCCAAUUUGCACAUCCAAUUUCCCUUCUCUCUCUACCCUCAAAAUCACAAACCCUACCGUCCCCUACCGCCGCCUCUAUGUCAUUGGCUGCUCCGCUGCCAAACGCCGCCGACAAACGCCCCCGAAACCCCGCCUUCUUCUGGACAACCUCAUCUUCACAAUCAACAUCUUCCGCCACAACAAUUCAUCAUCAAACAGUUUCUGCACUCUCGUAAAACCCGGAAACGAGCUCACCCUCGAUCCCAAUGGCAUCUUCAAGUUCGACAUCGAUGUUGAUAACCACGAUGUGUUUGAGGCAUUGGAAGAUGAUGAGGCGGUGAGAGUGACGUGGAACGUGGUGUUGGAAGGGUGGAGGGGUGUUUUUGGGAUGAUGGAAAAUUGUAAAGGAAAAGGAGGGGUGGAGGGUUGGUUUUCGGAGGAGCUUCCUUCUCCGGGGUGUUGUUGCGGUUCGAGUGCGGUUACUUGUAGUGGGAUUGUGGCGGAUUUGAAGUUGGGGUUUUGUGAUGGAAGGAGGAAGGUGAAGAAAGUGAGUGUGGGGAUUUUAAGUGUUGUAAAUUGGAGAUACGUGAGCGUUGAUGAUGCCCUGAGAUACUUGCAACAUUUUCUUUUACCUUGUGCUGUAUGAACUAAUUACAUCAUCUUUUAUUUUUAUUUUUAAUGUAAUUUGUAGUUUGGCCUACAAGCUGUUUAUUGGGUGUUUGGUGUCCCAGAAAAAACAAAUCGGAACUGAUAUAUACAAGCAAGGACUAUGGCUCAAAUUCCUUUUUUUUUAUGGGGGUGCUUUUGAAACCCAGGAGAAGGUCAACCUGGGUCCUGCCAUACAGAUACAGUCCAAACAAAACGUAUUAGAUUGACCUAUAUCUUUAA